UUGGUUUUGUGAAUUUUUGGGGAUUUUGGGUUCUAAUUUUAGGUUUUCAAUUAGUUAAGUAUCUUAAGGAAAAAUUAGUGAAAAGAACAGGUUUCACAUUGAAAUAUUCUGAUUUAUGUCUUGGUUCAUACGCAUUCCUUGAACAUAGUGGUUGCUUUUAAUUUCCAGCUUCAAGCUAUAUUCCUCUCUGAUGCCUUUUUUGGUUAUGUUUUCUUUACUUUGGGUGUUUUACAUGGAAAUUUGAUUACCAAUUUAAAUUCUCCUUAAUCAUAUAAACCAGGAAUUCAUCUGAAAACUAAAGAACUAAGCUGUGUUUUUCUGUAGGCAAACAAGAUUUAAUUGGUUAUUUAUCUUAUUGAUUAUUGUUUUUAUUUUUAUGUUGGUUAUGGUGUACAUAUAUAAAAUCAGGACAUGGAGGUGGACAUAUUGAGCAGACUAGACCACCCAAAUCUUGUUUCCUUGAUUGGCUACUGUGCUGAUGGAAAGCACAGAUUCUUAGUAUAUGAGUAUAUGCAAAAUGGGAACCUACAACAUCAUCUGAAUGGAAUUGGGGAAAGAAAAAUGGAUUGGCCUCUAAGGCUGAAAGUGGCAUUAGGAGCUGCAAAAGGACUUGCUUAUCUGCAUUCAAGCUCUUCUGUUGGGAUCCCUAUUAUUCACAGAGAUUUCAAAUCCACCAAUGUUCUUUUAACCUCCAAUUUUGAAGCAAAGAUAUCUGAUUUCGGGCUAGCUAAACUGAUGCCAGAAGGACAAGAGACACAUGUAACUGCUAGAGUGGUUGUGAAGACUGGUCCUAGCAGUUUUGCUGAUGCUGUUGUUGGGAGGAUUGAUCAGAGUACAAAGGUUCUUGCAGAAGGUGCUUAUGAGAAGAUCUUCAGUGAUAACCCACUUUCUUACCAAACGGGUGAUCAGACUCAGUCGAGCUAUUAUAAGAAGCUAUUGAACAAAACAUAUCACAGAAGAAAGAUAAAAGAAGAAAGGAAAUCAGGUGCAAUAAAUAGUCAGCAUUAUGAGGAAGAUCUAGAAUUGCCCUUAUUUGAUAUGUGCACAAUUACUCUUAGAACAAGUAAUUUUUCAAGUGACAAUAUACUAGGGACAUGUGGUUUUGGAUCAGUUUAUAAGAUGUAG